ACAUAAUACAUAAUUCGAACCGCUACAGCACGUAAUUUAACUACUUCAGUUCAUCAAAAUGUGUGAAUAAUUUCAAAUAAUAUAGUCUUGAACUUCACUUAAAGCAACGCGCAAAAGUUUGACUCCAAUAUUUGAACAACUUACUCCGCUUCAUGACAGGAAUUAGUCCCCGAAGCAAUCCAGGUUUGAUACAAUGUCUAACUUUAAUUUGAAGUGGAUCAGUGGUUCAGAAUUUAGAACACCAGUUUAUUUUUCAACAGAUUACUGAAUUUGAAAUGGAAGAUUUAACGUCAAUUUGAAACAUAGCAAAUUUGCAUUUAAUCAACGGGAAACUUCUUGGGAUAAGGAUGUCUUUCAAGAGUACGGCGCAGCAAGAAUCUGGUCCUCCAAAACCUAUUUCACAGAAAGAAUAUCUGAAAAAAUACCUCUCUAAUGAUUCCAGCUCUAAAAAGAAGAAAAAGAAAAAAAUCGCUCCUACGAGUAUUCAAAGGUCUAAAAUUGUUGACGAUGACUUGGACCUAAAAAACAUGCGGCUGCUAGGUGAAAAUGAGCUGGAUCUCUUUCAGAUGGAUGAAGAUGCCCCUCAAAUAGCCGGCAUAAUCGACGAAAGGCCACCGGAGCUUCAGACGUUGGAAUCGUACCGGAACUCAAAGCGAUGGAAGGUAGUCGCAGAAAGUGAUGAGCUCACCAUCUCUGAUGUGCACGCUGAAGCUGAAGAAAGGAAAAAGUUGACCAGCAAAAAUAACAAAGAAAUAGCACACAGGUUCAUCUCGCACAACAUUGAGAAACCUGAUUCUGAAAGGAGUAAGUUGAAUUCUAAAUCAGAGAAAAAUCUAGACAGUAAGAAAAUGUCUAAAUCAUCCUCGUCAAAGCUUCCUGAGAAAAGUAGGCAUGUUGACUCCAGUGAGUCAUCUCCGCGGCCCUCAAAAAUUAGAAAAUCUAAAAAUGACUCUGAUUUCUCCCCUACAAGAUCUUCAAAACGUAAUUCAGGAAAUAGCUCAGAUCUUUCACCUCCGAGACCCACAAGGAGGAAGUCAAAGAGCAGUGAUUCUGAUCAAUCUCCACAUAGACCCUCCAAAAAUAAUAAAUAUAGUGAUGAUUCUGAUAUGUCACCACCUAGAAAGAAAGUCUCCAGAAGCAAACACAGAUCGGGCAAUGAUUCAGACCUCUCCCCGCCAAGAUCCUCUAUUAGACGAGGAAAUAGCUCAGAUCUUUCACCUCCGAGACCCACAAGGAGGAAAUCAAGAAGCAGUGAUUCUGAUCAAUCUCCGCGUAGACCCUCCAAAAAAAAUAAAUAUAGUGAUAAUUCUGAUUUGUCACCACCUAGAAAGAAAGUCUCUAGAAGCAAACACAGAUCGGGCAAUGAUUCAGACCUCUCCCCGCCAAGAUCCUCUAUUAGACGAGGAAAUAGCUCAGAUCUUUCACCUCCGAGACCUACAAGGAGGAAAUCAAGGAGCAGUGAUUCUGAUCAAUCUCCGCGUAGACCCUCCAAAAAAAAUAAAUAUAGUGAUAAUUCUGAUAUGUCUCCACCUAGAAAGAAAGUCUCUAGAAGCAAACAUAGAUCGGGCAAUGAUUCAGACCUCUCACCGCCAAGAUCCGCUAAUAGGCGAGAACCUAGGAAUAAUUCAGGUUCUUUGACCAAGAAUCCCUCCAGGCGAACCCCACCUAGGUUCUCAGAGAAGCACUGGUCCAGCCAUAAUUACAAUGCUUCUUCAAGGAGGUCAAAAAACCGUCAAUCAGGAAGUGAUUCUGAUCUUUCCCCUCCUCGCCCCUUUAGCAAGCCUUUUGCCAAGAUGGAGAGAAACUCCAAAGACGGCAAGUUAUCUAGCUCCAAGGAUCAUAGUGAUAAGAAACCUGGUUUCAGGGACCGGUCGCCGGAAAGCUUGAGCAGGAAUUCCCAUCAAACCAAAAUGACUGAAACCCUCUCCGGGAAAAGAGCCGGUUUACAGGAUGCAGCCGCCUUGAAGGAGGAAAAUGUAAAAUUCCAAGAAAGAGAAGACAUUGCUUUCAAGCAGAUGAGUGCUAGUGUUUCCGGAGAAGGUGCAGCUGCAGUUGUUCGUGAUCGCAGAACAGGCAGACGGAGAGAUCCAGAGAAAGAGGAAGCAUACAAAAAACGUAAAGAGGCAGUUGAUGGUGUUAUCAAAGAAAAAUAUGCUAAAUGGGGUCAAGGUUUAAAACAAACUCAAGAAUAUCAAGAAAGGUUGGAGGAGUUGCUGCACGAGGCAGAGAAACCGUUUGCUCGCCAUGCAGAUGAUAAAGAUUUGGACGAUUUUCUCAAGAAUCAAGAAAGGGAUGGUGAUCCCAUGUUGGAAUAUCUCCGUGAAAAAAAAGAGAAGAGUGGAGCCUCUUCUAAUGCGAAACCUGUGUACAAAGGGCCAUAUCCUCCGAACAGAUUCAACAUCAGGCCAGGAUUUCGGUGGGAUGGCGUCGAUCGCUCAAAUGGUUUUGAAAAGCAGUGGUUUGCCAAGCAAAAUGAACGGAAAGCUGUCAGUGAUGAAGCCUACAAAUGGAGCACAUCUGAUAUGUGAUUGGUUGUUAUCGUUCUCAGUUUGUAAACAUCAGAAACAUCUCAUCCAUUAUGGUAUGGAUAAUGUAAACAGUUGCAGAUCAGAGUUUGUUUUUUUACCUUCUAAGUUUUUAAUUUUGGUCUGCUCUGCUGUUAUGCAGACUUGGCUUUAAGUAAAUGAAGUGCAGCUCUGUUGGCCUUAAUUAAUAGAUCGCUUUACCUGGCUCAGUUACAUACAGGGUGUUUCAGGAUUAAGUAAAAAGUUAUACCACAAGAACAUCUUUUUUUUUGUCCAAAGAAUCGACUCCUUCAAUAUUCGUACUUAAUCCUGGGACACCCUGUAUAUCGACAUGGUAACGUUAAUCACCUUAAUUGUGAUUGGAAGGCUAAGUUAAGGAGCUAUAAAUAAGUGUCUGAGUAAUCAGGCGGAUUUUAGAGAAACCAGCCUAACCGCAUUUAAUGUAGCCUAUUUUUCUUUCUUUUUCUUUUUUAACGGAGUACAAAACUAAUAAUCAUUUUAUGUGAAUUUAUCCGAGCUUACGAAGAACAUACUCACAAGACUUUGAGUUUCAGUGUUGCUUAGUUUUCUGUUUUAAGAAUAAAACAUCAGAGUAAAUUAGCCAAUGUCUGACGCAGUUAGGCUGUUUUCUGUUAUAUCCGUCGAAGACAAUUAGUCAAAUUAGGCAUUUUAUCAAACGCCUAGGCCGGUAGUCAAAUUUUGACAGUUUACAAAAUUCUGUAAAAUGGCGAGGAGUUCAAGGGUUUUCAAUAUUUUGAGAAAAAUAACUCUUUAAAUCGGCAAACUUUCUUUGUUCCUUCCUUUUUACAUGCCUUUAGUACAUUUAAAUUUUAAAAAUUCUAUGGUUUAGGACAUGCUGAAAAUUUCAUGAUAAAUGUGCACUCAGGAUCCUAAAGUUGUUUAAAAUACUACUGUACCCUGCAUCUUUUUACAGAAAAUUCUUUCUUUCAGAAGCAACGGAUUCUUUUGUCUAAAAUCAGGGUAAAAAAUCAAAAUUUCAAUCUAAGUAAGAAUAUUUGACUAUUUGCCAAGGCAUUUUACAAAAUGCCUGAUUUGACUAUUUGCUGUUGACGUAUCCAUCCAAUCAUCCAUUUUUCAGGGCAUUCUCAAGCGGUGAAAACUAAAUUAACUCAAAUGACUUUGAUUUUCUUUCAUGAUAUGAUCAUUGAAUUUUAAAAGUAUGCAUUUAAGUGACAACUUUAACUUCUGUUAGGAAUGUAGAUUAAACAGGUUUUACGUUUCUUUACAGGGAAAUGUAUUUGUUAAAGUAUUAAAUGUAGAAUAUAAAAAUUCAAUCAAAAGUUGUAGAUAAGUUUUGAUGCUCUCAUCUGUCUGGAUAUCACGUUGAGUUUUAAUUCCAGUCAGCAUCAAGCUGGGUGACAAGGAAUAUGAUCAAUGCUUUUCCUACUGUCGCCUCACAGUAACUCUGUGUGUCCUAUACAAAUUGUGAUCCUUAUUUUUUCAAAUAAAUGUUGAAGUUUCCUAAA